UUUUUAUUUUUAUUGAACAGUUGCCCAAAAGCAACAAGUCCAAGAACUUUGAAAUUACUGUUUUCCUGCUCUCUUAGGAAUAUCCUUGAUCCAGAGGGUUUAGUACGUGGAAAGAAGAUAGUCGCAGAUGAUGCGCUCUUGAAUUUUGGCUCUAUCGGCCUUUGAAUAAGAAACUACACCAGAUGCCAUUCUAACGUGAUUCUCCCUGAAUGCCCGUGGCAGAUCUUUAAGACCCAAAUUGGCUGGAUUCCUGAGAUAACAAUUCUAAGGGUUAACACUGGGAUGACCCAUUGUUACUGAACCUGGAUAGAUGGGAGCAUUCACUUGCUCAGCGCUUUGCGCCCCAUUCACUUGUUUUGGGAUUUCAACAUCCAAUUUGUGAUGCAGAUGUUCGACAUGGAGUUACAAGAUGGCUGAGAGAACAACUAGAGGCCCACAGGAUGUCCCCAGCUCUUCUCCUGAUGAAAAUGAGUUUCCUUUUGGAUAUCCCACUAACAUUUGUGAAGAUGCGCCUGAUCAGAAGUACCUGUGCAGCAACUGCAACAACGUCCUGAAGAAAGCCCUCCAAACGCUCUGUGGGCAUAGGUACUGCUCCGCCUGCUUCUCCUGGAUCGUGCGAAACAAUAAAAAUGCGAUUUGCCAGAAAUGUAAAGAGGAAGAUCCCAGCAUUAUAAGUGAGGAAAGUCUAUUGGCAGAAGAAAGGGCUUUUGGUGAUGCUGCCAUUAAUAAAGAGAUUUCUGAGCUCAAAGUACAUUGUGUGACCCUUGGAUGCAGUUGGUCUGGGAUCAUGAGAAAUUUUGAAGAACAUCAGAGCUUAUGUGAAUAUGCUUUAAUCCCUUGUCACACUGGCUGUGGACACAUGGUGAUGAGAGAGAAACUCGCGGAUCAUUUGGAAAAUGGAUGUGUUAAUAACGUGACAACGUGUCAGAAGUGUCAGAGGAGCUUAUCCAGUAGUGAGUACCAAGAACAUUCAUGUGAAGGGAAUUUAUGUAAGGAACAAACAUAUGUGCAAUCAGAAACAUCGUCCGUGGAGAAGCAGAACUGCUCUAUACCCUCAAUCAUCAAAGGUGGAUGUCGUUUUUCUGAGGUCGGCUGUUCAUUUAGGGGAAGCAAAGAGAAGAUAAAGGAGCAUGAAAAAUCUUCAGUUGGGACUCACGUGCUGCUUCUGCUGCAGCACAUAAAGCAGCUGAAGGCAAGCCUGUGCUCUGCUGCCGAAGCUGCAGAAGGUUUCAUCCCACUGGCAGAACUGAAUGUGAAUAGUGGAGGAAAAUGCAUCUCUGAUGUACAGAUCCCAGCAGGGCUGGAACGCAAUGGGUAUCUGGAAGCAGACUGUUUUCCUGGGUCUUCUGUUUCUGAAGAUGAACCUGUUCUGCCACAACUUGUGAGGGAGAAAAUGAUUUCUCAGCUAGAAAAUAAGCUGCACGUGUUUGAGAAUAUCGUGGCAGUGCUCAAUAAAGAAGUGGAGACCUCUAAUUUGGAAAUCAUAGCCUUUCAGAGACAGAGUGAACUCGAUCAAAAUAUAAUACGAGGCCUUGAACUGAAGAUUGCGGAGUUGCACCGGUGCCUGACGCAGAAGGAUGCCGGCCUGAGCAGUCUUCAUAACAGCCUUCUGUUCUCUGAGCAAGCUUCCUACGAUGGGGUCUUUCUGUGGAAAAUAACGGAUGUUGGCAGGAAGUUACAAGACUCUGUGACUGGAAGAACAGUCAGUUUGCAUUCACCAGCUUUCUACACGGCAAAGUAUGGCUACAAGGUCUGUCUGAGAGUUUAUCUCAAUGGAGAUGGGACGGGAAAAGGAACCCACGUGUCCCUGUUCUUUGUUAUUAUGAAAGGAGAUUACGAUGCUCUGCUCCCGUGGCCUUUCAGACACAAGGUUACGUUUAUGUUGCUUGACCAAAAUAACAGGGAACACAUUAUUGACGCGUUUCGCCCAGAUUUGACUUCUGCUUCGUUUCAGAGACCAGUGAACGAUAUGAAUGUCGCAAGUGGCUGCCCCAUGUUCCUCCCUUUGUCCAAACUGCAGUCUCCCAAGUACGCCUAUGUGAAGGAAGACACGCUUUUCCUUAAAUGUAUUAUAGAAACAAAUUAGUACAUCUUGAAAUAAGGGUGCCUGGUAAAUCACUCACUGAAUUUCAUCAGUUUACAAGAGAAAAAAAAACCACGUCACCUUGUAUUGAUUUUCAUGUGCACAGAAAUUCCAGAGAGCCUGAGCCUCACUGAAUCCGUUGCUGCUGAGCAUGCUGAGUGCUUUGCCCUGUACCCCACAAACUGUGCUCUUAUGAAUGAGAUCUGUGAUUAUUUCAUCCACACAGCCCUCCUGCUUUAGAUGGUUACAGUCACGCCUCUGCAGAUGCGCUUGUGGAGGAGGUGCUGUUUUCCCUCACUCUUGGCCUAGGUCAUAGAAUCGUAGAAUGUCCUGAGUUGGAAGGCACCCAUGAGGACCAUCGAGUACAACUCCUGUCCCUGCACAGGACAACCCCGGCAUUCACACCAGGUGGCUGAGAGUGUUGUCCAAACCCUUCUGGAAUGUCGUCAGGUUUGGUGCCGUGACUGCUUCCCUGGGAAGCUGUUCCAGUGCUCCACACCCUCUGGGUGAAGAACCUCUUCUUAAUGUCCAAACUAACCCUCCCUGGGAUCAUCUUCCUGUCGUUCCCCCAGCUGGUAUCGUUGGUCGCCAGAGAGAAGAGAUCAGCGCCUGCUUCUUCUCCCCUUGUGAAGAAGCUGCAGACCAUGAUGAGGUCUUCCCUCAGUCUCCUCCAGGCUGAACAGACCAAGUGGCUAACUGCUCCUCAUAUGGCUUUCCCCCUUCACCAACUUCGUGGCCUCCUCUGGACGCUCUGCAGUAGCUUUAGAUCCUUUUUUAUCCCAAAACUGCACCCAGUGCCGUUCUGCCCAGGGCUGGCAGGGAGGGCGGCCUGAGCUCCCUUCCAGACCCCUGGGGUUGAAGGUUUCUGGGGUGCGAGGGCUGAAACAGAGCUUUCUCCGUGCUCCAGCAGCACCACAGUGCGUGCGGUUCCCCUUCCUGCGAGGUAUGGAGUGAGCCCCUGUCUGACUGCACUGAAGGCAGCCCUGACACAGGGUUUUGGCUGUUCCCCGACCAGGGCACCAAUCGGGUGUCGCUGUGCUCGUUGAUGACCUUGAAAGCAGGGACUUGUGGACAGCAUUUAUAGCUUGAUUUCCUUAUACCAGAUGAUUUAUUUCUUGCUAUUUGUUUUAGACCUCUAUUUAUGUGCUCUGAGAAGAGAUGUUCUAUUGCAUCAGCAAUCGGUGACCAGAUUACACUGUGCCAUGGGGAAAUCACCUCUUGCAGUUCCAGAGGAGUCCUUUGACUUUCCCAUUUCAGAUACAGAGCUGUGAGGGUUGUUAAAGCCCUGGGAAGUCCAGAGCUGCCGAUCCGAGCAGUGGGAAGGACCCUUUGGUAGCUUUGGUUUAGAGUGUUCCAUCACUUCCUGAACCUUCAAGGCAAGUGACUUAUUAGAAAGUAUUGAUUUUUGGGUUUAUUGCAUAACUCUUUUUUUAUGUGCUCUGAUGUUUAAGUCUUUUCACACGCUAAAAUAGAAGGAAUUUCUAGACAGGGUUUUGUCUUUUUAAACAGAGGUAAGGAAUGAAUAAUUUUCUAUAAACAAGUUAAACUUGGAAAUGUCUGGUUGUGUGCAAAGUUCAAAUGCUACACCUUAUUUCCAAACCCAUCAGGGCUCACCAUUCCCUGCUUAACAACUCUCUGGGGUUGAGCUGGGUUUGGUGCAGCAGCUUCUGAAUUUCCAUUGAACUCAUCCCGCAGGAUGGCUUCCUUGAGCAGGACUCGGAGCGCUUCCACGGGACGCAGGGACAAACCGCAGCCUGACCCUGCAGAGGCAGGUGUGCAUGUGUAAGGGACGGACCUGUCUUCAUUUUCCCUCUGCAAUAACUCCUGUGUCUCAAUCAAAAACAUGAGCCUGACAGACAAUAUUGUGCCCACUGCGUGAGAAGGGAAAGGAGGAACUGUUUGCCCACCUUAUAUUUUGCAAACCAUACGAGCAGCAGCCGUGCAGCAGAGCUGGUGAAAUACCGUGCCCUGGAACUGACCCCUAACCCCACUGGCAUAGGAAGAGGGGUUUCAAAUCUCUCAUUUCCAGCUUGACAGCAUCCUUUAAAAUAAUUAAUUGUGACGGAGUAUCAUAUUUCAAAACAACACACCCCAUAAAUAAAUCUAUGUCAGAUCUUGUUUGGGAAGGAACUGGCUAUUCUUUGCCAUCGCCUACAUAUACAGUCUCUCUUUCUCUCUCUCUGUCUUUUUCUCUCUUCCAUUUUGAAAAUGUUCUUUCAGGGACUUAAAGUUUUUUUUCCAGGAAUGUGCCAGACUCUGUAACCACACUGGAGUAAUAAGUCUAAAAAUAUGAUGCUUCUCAUGGCUGUGUAAUUUGGACAAGUGCUGUUAUUUAUUACCAUCCCUCCUAUUUUCUUACCAUUUUAUUUAUUUCAUAAGUAAAUCUCACUAACUUAAAAAGGGUUUUUUUGUGUUGUUUUCACUGUAAAACAGGGAAUUGAGCUACUUGGAGCAGACGACUUAGAGCUGUGAUUGCUUAAAAAUAAUUAGGAGGGUUUUCCUUGUGUGUGAGAGACAGAGAGAGAGGGUGGAGGAAGAAGUAA